UUGGUGCUGUCUCAGUUCUGGCGAAUCUUAGAUGUAGUUUCAGAUGAAUCAACAUAUAUGGAAAUUUUGAAGGAAGCAUUGUUGAGAACAAUCAAAGACAUUGAUCUUACAUUCACCGAGGAAGCUUUAAGAAACAACCUUCCUUCAGGAUCCACAGCUGUCAUUGCUCUUUUGGUGGAUGGUCAAAUUUUAGUUGCCAAUGUUGGUGAUUCAAAGGCACUUUUGUGCUCUGAGAAAAUUGACUCACAUCAAGACGCCAAAGGUACCUUGAUGGCGUAUCUCUCUGCUAAGGAACUGACAAGAGAUCAUAAUGCAAAUAGAGAAGAAGAGAGGGCCCGGAUUGAAGCAGCUGGUGGUUUUAUUUUUGAAUGGGAUGUCCCUCUAGUCAACGGUCAUUUUCCCAUGACACGUGCUAUCGGAGAUGUGCCCUUAAAAAAGUAUGGUAUUAUUCCUGUGCCAGAAUUGACAGACUGGCAACCUUUAACUGCCAACGACAGCUAUCUAGUGGUUGCAUCUGAUGGCAUAUUUGAAAGCUUGAGCCCUCAGAAUGUAUGUGAUCUUUUAAGUGAUGCUCAUCUCCACAGAAAUAGAAGAUUGAAGCUUCCGUCCUCAUGUUCGUCCUUGGCCGACUGCAUUGUUCGCACUGCAUUUGAGCGAGGCAGCACUGAUAACCUGUCAGUUGUUGUGGUUCCAAUGGGAACUGCUGACUUUUCCCAAGAACCUUCAGAGAAAGGGAUAAUGUGACAGAUGAAGUAGCUUGAUAUUUCAGCUUUUGAACAGCAAUCUUAGUAAUAGCAUUGACUUCUUAGCUUUAGUACAUAAAUUGUAGUGUGAUCAAAUUGAUAGAUUGCUUGGAUUCUGAUACACCAACUCUUCCAAGUACUUCAUUUUUUGAUUUUUUUUUCUUUCAGUCUCACCAACUUAUAAUUUUGUGUUCAAGUCAAACUAGUUUAUACAGAAAUUAGCAUCUGAUUGCUGAAUAAGAGAUAGAAUGCCCAUUUUCAAUUGUACAAUGCAAAUUUGGCACUAUAUUAGCAUGGUUUUGUACUGUAAGAUUUCUUUUGCCUUCUUUUUUUCCACUUUUCUUUUCCAGAAUGGAACUGUGAGUAUUUCAGGAGAUGAAGAGUAACUACCACAUUAUGAGCUAUUUCUGCCGUUUUUCUGUUACUUAUAACUGUACUCUGUCAUUCAUAGCAGAAUCAAGUAUUACUAAAACAGAAUAUAAGGUAAGAUUUAUUUUAUUUUUAUUUUUUUUAUUAUUUUUUGAAUAUUUUAUUUAUUUAUCCAGUCAAAUUAGGGGGAAGGGACUCGAACAUGGGUAUAUUCGGUCGGAGAGCUGGGCGCUCUACCAAACAUUAGGUAAUGCCCUUUUGAUUAUUUUAUUGAUGAGCGUGUUCCUUGAACUUGCCAUUUGGAGUAUUAUUGGCCUUUAUAAUAUUAGUUUACGUAUAUUGCUAUAUUAGCAUUAUGAUAGUGUUUCUUUUUUUUUUUUUUUUUUUUUUCCUUCCCGUAGUUAGCAUUAUGGUGGUUAUUUACAGGAUUCUAAUUUCUCAUUCCUAGACUUCCCUAUUAAAGGUCCCAUAUGAACUCCAGUUUUGACAUUGUAUAAAAAUUUAUUGAAUUUAAAUUUAGACUUGUCUCCUUAGAAUUGAUACUUCUUUCAUUGGUUGGUACUCUUGUUAUUCAUCAUCUGAAAGGGCUUUUAUGGAUUGGUGCUUGCCA